UCGGCGCCCUCCCCCGCAGCCCCGGAGCCCCAAACGGGGACCCCGGGAUCGGACGUCCCCGCGCCUCCGGGCACCUGGCUCAGCCGGAGUCCCCCGGGUCGGGGCAGGGCAGGGCCGGCAGUGGCGAGCCGGCGCCCGCCCGGCUCCCCGACCCCAGCGAACCCUCGGAACCCAGCGAUGGGGCACUGGCUCCCCGCGCGCCCUCGCCCGGCCGCGCCCUGCCCGGCGCCCCGGGGCGCGCCGACGAGGAACCGGGCGCAGUGACCACGGAGCCGCCGCAGACGCUGGAAGGCGCGGCGGCCGCGGGAGAGGCAGGCGGGUCCCCGCACCGCCCCGCGGCGCCUCCAGGCAGCCCUCCGAGCCGCGCCAGAGGCCUGGCCCGCCAUUCCCAGCCCCGGGCCAUGAUGAAGACGCUGUCCAGCGGGAACUGCACGCUGAGUGUGCCGGCCAAGAACUCCUACCGCAUGGUGGUGCUGGGCGCCUCGCGCGUGGGCAAGAGCGCCAUCGUGUCCCGUUUCCUCAACGGCCGCUUCGAGGACCAGUACACGCCCACCAUCGAGGACUUCCACCGCAAGGUCUACAACAUCCGCGGCGACAUGUACCAGCUGGACAUCCUGGACACGUCGGGCAACCACCCCUUCCCGGCCAUGCGCCGGCUCUCCAUUCUCACCGGUGACGUCUUCAUUCUGGUGUUCAGCCUGGACAACCGGGACUCCUUCGACGAGGUGAAGCGUCUGCAGAAGCAGAUCCUGGAGGUGAAGUCGUGCCUGAAGAACAAGACGAAGGAGGCGGCCGAGCUGCCCAUGGUCAUCUGCGGCAACAAGAACGACCAUGGCGAGCUGUGCCGCCAGGUGCCGGCCACCGAGGCCGAGCUGCUGGUGUCGGGCGAUGAGAACUGUGCCUACUUCGAGGUGUCGGCCAAGAAGAACACCAACGUGGACGAGAUGUUCUACGUGCUCUUCAGCAUGGCCAAGCUGCCCCACGAGAUGAGCCCGGCGCUGCACCGCAAGAUCUCGGUGCAGUACGGCGACGCCUUCCACCCCCGGCCCUUCUGCAUGCGCCGCCUCAAAGACACAGACGCUUACGGCAUGGUCUCACCUUUCGCCCGCCGCCCCAGCGUCAACAGCGACCUCAAGUACAUCAAAGCCAAGGUCCUGCGGGGCGAGGGCCAGGCCCGCGAGCGGGACAAGUGCACCGUCCAGUGAGCAGGAGGGGGCCCGGGCAGUGCCUUAUGGGAGGUGGCGCCCGGUGCCCGCUGCCUGCAUCAGCCCCACCCCGACCCCCC